AGUAAUGUAAAAGGAAGGGGAGGGGGGAAGAGAGGGAGGGAGGUUGGGCCUUCCAAAUUUUCUAAGUUAUCGUAUUUCUGCAUCUUCUUCUUAUUGGUCUUUUCUUCUAAUCUUAAUUUUUCAGGUACACUAACAAACCAACACACCCCAUUCUUCUGACAGUUCGAUCUUCUCUUUGCUUCGUUUUUCCACCCUCAACCUCUUCCCGUUUUCCUCCUAUUCUCGUUCUCCCUCAUCACUAAUUUUUGUAAGUACAGAUAUGGCUUCAGAGGAAGAUCUUGAUCUAUCAUCUUUGAAAAUUCAGCUCAGUGAAACAAAUGAAACUUGGAAGCAAGAAAUGGAAAAACGCCAAUCAGAAGUAGGUGUGUUGCAAGCAAAGCUUAUUGAGGUGAAGGCUUCUAUAGAAGGGUCUGAGGAAGACUCAAGAAAGGAGCUAGAGGUUCUCUGGCGAAGAGUUAAGACAACUUCUACAUUGUUAACGUACUUGAAAUCAAAAGCAAGAAUGUUAGCAGUUCCUCAUUUGGCUCACUCUUCGUGUGGUAUUAAACAUUUAGAAGGGGUAGGGUUAGUAGACAAAACUGGAACACCACUGUCUGGUUGGUCUAAAAGUAUUGAUCUUUCUCCAUUUGAUGGUACUGAAGAAGAAUCCUUGAUUGGUAUUGGAAAGCCUUGUGGAUUACUAGAUGAACAAGAUGCAGUUUAUAUCGGUCAAAUACUGAAGUCUGUUCAGAUGGUUUCAGAUGUAAUGGAAGCACUUGUCAAGAGGGUUAUUUUGGCAGAAUCAGAAACUGCUGAAGAGAAGGAAAAGGUUCAUUUGGGUCGGGAGGAAAUUAAAAAAAAAUCAAUCCAGAUUGAGAACAUGUCAUCAAAACUAGAGGAAAUGGAACAAUUUGCUGUGGGUACAAAUGGCAUUCUAAAUGAAAUGCGGCAGAGAGUUGAGGAUCUGGUUGAAGAAACGUGUAGACAGAGGCAAAGAGCUGCUGAAAAUGAGCAGGAACUGUGUCGUGUUAAGAGGGACUUUGAGUCUUUGAAAUCAUAUGUCAGUAGUCUCAUCACUGUUAGAGAAACACUUUUAUCAUCGGAAAAACAAUUUCAGACAAUCGAGAGGCUGUUUGAACGGCUAGUUGCUAAGACCACUCAGUUGGAGGGUGAGAAAAUGCAGAAAGAAGUAGAAGUCCAGAAACUUAUGGAAGAAAAUGUGAGGUUGAGUGCUCUUCUUGACAAGAAAGAGGCUCAACUUUUAGCUAUGAAUGAACAAUGCAAGGUAAUGGCCUUGAGUGCUUCACAUAUUUAAUCAAAACACUUGUUCUCCUUGCUCAUCAGCCUGGAUAGCAAGGCUUCCUCUCGGUUGACAAUCCGAGGCCCAAACAAGAGGCGGCGGCGGCGGCGGCAGAGGCAGAAUGGAGCAUCAGGUAUUCUUGCAUAUAUAAUGUAUUGUGAAAAACCCUUGUGAAGUUUAUUAUGUAGUUCCAUAGGCUCAGUUGUUGUAUCUGCUAUUGCGGAGAGAACUCACAAGGUUUUUCUUCAUUGGAGUUUAAACUUGGUUUGUGAAUGCUUCCGAGAUCUGUAUGUAUGCUUCAAAAGUUGGUAUCUUUCUGCUCUUUAGUACCUUACAUAAAUUUCCCUUUUGGCAUUA